UAUUGAAUGAAGUGAGACCGCGACAAUAUUGUAGCAGUUCGAGGAAGCUGGGUGUCAUUUGAUUUUUAGGAUUUUUUAGAUCAAAUGUAAAGACCAUAAAAACCUUUAUUUAUGAAAUGUACGCGUCGAAACGCUGAAGAUGAUCAGAGAUCAAAAUGCCGUCUUUAAGUUCUGUGCUGCUCAUUGGAACCUGAUGCAAAGUUCAUCUCCCUGUGUUCAAGCUAAACACUAACGUUUGUGUAGGGGUGGAAACAGUCCAGAAAGCUAAUUUGUCAUUGUUGCUGGAGCACUAUGGCAAAUUCUGGAGCGAAGUAUGGAUAUGGCUACUACAGGACCACAAUUUUCCUUGCCAUGUUUGUGGGCUAUACACUGUAUUUCUUCAACAGAAAGACCUUCUCCUUCGUAAUGCCCUCUGUAAUGCAAGAGAUCAAGUUGGAUAAAGAUGACUUGGGUCUUAUCACCAGCAGCCAGUCUCUCGCCUAUGCUAUCAGCAAGUUCAUUAGUGGGGUGCUUUCUGAUCAGAUAAGUGCACGAUGGCUUUUUUCCAUUGGCCUCUUCAUGGUGGGUGGCAUUAACGUGCUGUUCUCACAGUCCUCCACUGUGGCUAUGUUCGCUGGGCUCUGGUUCCUGAAUGGGCUUGGCCAGGGCUUUGGGUGGCCACCAUGUGGCAAAGUGCUCCGUAAGUGGUUUGAGCCAUCUCAGUUUGGGACGUGGUGGGCUGUGCUGUCCUGCAGUAUGAACCUAGCUGGUGGACUAGGUCCGAUCAUUGCCACACUUUUGGCUGAGAGCUAUAGCUGGAGGACUACUUUAUCCAUCUCUGGUCUGAUCUGUGCGGUCGUGUCAAUCUUCUGCCUGCUGGUGAUUCACAACGAGCCUAAAGAUGUUGGCUUGCCCAAUAUAGAAGCUAGUCCAAAGAAAGGCAAAGCAGGCUCCAGCAGGGAUGAGAGCACCUUUAAGGAGUUCCUUCUGUCACCAUAUCUGUGGUUAUUGUCAUUUGGGUACCUGGUAGUGUUUGGGGUCAAGACUGCUUGCACAGACUGGGGGCAGCUCUUCCUCAUCCAGGACAAGGGGCAAUCAGCAUUGAUGGGCAGUUCUUACAUGAGUGCUUUGGAGAUUGGGGGUCUGGUGGGCAGUUUAGCUGCUGGAUAUCUGUCAGACAGGGCUGUUGCACGACAAGGUCUGUCUGGCUACGGUAACCCACGACAUGGUCUCCUGCUAUCAAUGAUGGCAGGAAUGUACGUCUCCAUGUAUUUAUUCCGAACAACUGUCAUUCAGGAAAGCUCGAAUGUUUGGAUUCUCUCCCUGGGUGCUGUUUUUGGCUUCUCUUCUUAUGGUCCAAUCGCUCUGUUUGGAGUUAUUGCUAAUGAGAGUGCGCCUUCCAACUACUGCGGAACAUCACACGCUAUUGUAGCCUUGAUGGCAAAUGUUGGAGGUUUUCUGUCUGGGUUGCCAUUUAGCACUAUUGCGAAACACUACAGCUGGGAUACAGCAUUCUGGGUAGCAGAGGUCACCUGCGCUGUCACAACCGUUAGCUUUUUCCUUCUCCGUAACAUCCAAACCAAGAUGGGACGUGCGCAGAAGAAGAUGGAUUAAUCAACAGUGUUACUGGAGCUACUCAGCAACAAAGUGGUGUAUCCUACACAGUGAUAUGUUCACUGUAAAAUUAAUAGACAGGAUUUUGAAGAAAUUUAAUAAAGUGUAUAAACUUGUUUGAGUUAGGAUUGUAAACAUCAAAAACUGUAUUCACCUGAGGAUGUGAAAAUGCUCUACAUAUCUCUAUAAUGGUUAUGGAUUAGUUUUGAGAGACUACGAAGAAUAUUUUAAGGGUGCUAUGCUUUGGGGAAACUGGUUCUUAUUUGAGGCACCAAAAAGGAACAAAUUUGUUUAAUGUCAAAGUUAAUUCACACACAAUUCACUUCCAAGCUACAAAUUGUAAACUUACAAUGGGGGGAAAAACACUUACUUGAUUGUAUUGUGCUGUAUAAUUUGUAGUACCUCCACCAAUAUGCAAUUCUUCCUCUUUCACACUAUUUUUCUUGAAAAUAAAUUAUUUUUUACAAUUUAAAAAAAUCUGCAUUUUUAUAAGGAACAAACAUCACCAUGUUUUAGUUUUUUUUAAAUAAAGUAUUAUUAACUAAUGCCAAGUUAAAACCAUUAUCAGCAUUGUCAUGAAUAAUUUAGAAGAUUGAGUCUUAAUUCCAACUGAAAUUGAGGCAACUAAACAUGGUUCUACCUCUUUAUUGUUACUUUUACUUUUGUAUGUGCUGUUAUGGAAAUAUAAGGUUUUUCAAUAAUACAAUGAAAACAUUUAUAUGCAAUAAAUAUGUUACAAACAUCAGA